GGGCAGAUAGCUCCACGGGCAGGCAGCAGGCAGGCAGGAAUGCCCCCUGGGUGAGCCAGCGGCCAGGGCCACAUCACUGCCCCGCCUCCUGCUGUCACAGGUGCCGCCUGCCUCCUUCCCUGCUGUCUGCUCCGGCCACACAGCUGGCUGCACACCUCGCUGCUCACCUUGCUCCUCACACAGGGGGUGCCAUGGAGACUCCAGGGACACCCUCCCAACCUCAAGAUAGCAAUCUCCUCCACAGAGAAGCAGAAGGCCCGCCCUACGGAGAGAUGGACCUCCGCCAGCAAGACGGGAAAGCUGGGCUGCUUUCCGGAGAGCAAUAUAAGAGAGACAAGUCCUCCUCCUCCUCCUCUUCUUCCUCAGACAGCAGCGAUGAGGACCGGCACCCCAGAGUUCCUGGACAGCAUGGACAGAGCCGGGGCACAGGACACCCCCACGGGGGCUGCCCAUGCGGGGCUGAAGCUGAGCACGAGGCGCCUGGCAUUUCAAAGGACGAACUCCAGCUCUACAGAGAUGGCCCUGGAGAGGUGGAGCCGUCUGGGGAAGCAAGACUCCGACAGAGAGGCGUGGACUCCACAGAAGGAGAUGCAGAAGACUCACAGUUAAGCAGACUGAAUAUAAAGAAGGAUGACGAGUUCUUCCACUUCGUGCUGCUGUGCUUCGGCAUCGGGGCCCUGCUGGUGAGCUACCACUACUACGGAGACUGGUUCAUGUCCCUGGGCGUCGGCCUGCUCACCUUCGCCUCGCUGGAGACUGUGGGGAUCUACUUCGGGCUGGUGUACCGCAUCCACAGUGUGCUGCGUGGCUUCCUCCCGCUCUUCCAGAAGUUCAGGCAACUGGGGUUCCGGAAGACGGAAUGAGUCCUCUGCUGGGUGGCAGCUGCACAGCCCUGGUUUGACCACAAACCUCCUGAGGCCAUGAGGACAGUGACAUUUGGGUGACACGUGGGAGACUGAGCCAAGCAAUAAAGAGCACUUUUCCCUCCA